AUGACCCAGGCGCUGGAAGUAAGUAUACACCAACUCACUCAGCUCACCAACAUGGAAAGCCUGACGGCGCAACCCUACUCGCUCCAGUGCUCCGUGCCCGAGUUCUACGAGAUCUACGUGGAAUCAACCAACUACAAGCGCGUCCCAGCCAGGACUCUGGCCCGCAUUCUCUCUGUUCUCCGUCGACGCGGCUCUAUUGAUCGCUCUACCGGAGAGUGGACUGAUCUGCAUGGCAAAGGUGUGGCGUCGAACGACGGUCGCAUGAAGGCCCUUCACGAUCACGUCUUGGGCGCAGCGGCAGAAGUAUGCCCUCGUCGCUUCUCCGCCGACAAGAAGACUACUACGUAUACCUGCUCUUCCGGCCUUGAGACGGCCGCAGAUAUUCCGGGCGCAACGUAUUAUGCCGACGCUGUGAGCUAUCUUGCCCAGCCGUCGUAUACGCGCGAAGCUACGCCUGGAACCGCGCACAACCACGUUGCCACUGCACAGGGACAGUCGCGCAUCGUCUAUACGGCGGAUGUCGGUAUGACGUGGGGGCUCACGCCAUUUGCGGACUCUUCUCACAUCCAACGUAACGAAGACCAGACCUUGUAUGCGGCCCAGCAUAUCCUCUACAAUGACAUUCGCCAUACCUGUCAAUUCGCGGUGACCAUCGAAGGAUCUAGUGUGAGACUCUGGUACCACACGCGUUCCAGGACCAUCUUUACCGAGCGGUUCGAUAUGCAUAAGCAGUCGGACGAGCUUAUCCAGAUCAUUCUCUUCUCAUCCUUCGCCUCCCCCGCGCAACUUGGCUUUGACCCGGCUGUUCAUCGCGUCGUCGUUGGGAACGAACUCCAUUACCAGUUCGACGUCGUCCAUCGCGAUGGAACAUGCCACCAAUACCAGAGCGUGGAGAUCGAGUACGAGGACGCAGCAAGCAAUCUGCACUGUCAAGCGAUGCGCGUCUUCAAGGUCGUCGACUGCGGCAAUCUGAGCGGUCCCUGUCGCGUCCUACAAGACUAUUGGCGUUCCAAUGACGCUGAGGUGUCCGUGGAGGGCAAGAUUCAGGACGCCAUCUUCUGCGCGAUGGAAAAGACUAUGACAGAGGACGAGCUCAUCGAUAUCCGGCGGCACUUCAUGACUUUACUCGCCGAUGGCGUCGUGGCUUGUGCGGAUCGACCCCGGGAAGCAUCUGGCCCUCCUGUUUCGGGAUCUAUGGUGUCAGGAUCGCGGCUCGCACGCAUCGCCUCGGGUCGCAAGCACUGUCGUACCCUCCACGGGGAGUACUGCGAAACCCUCUGGCGGGUAGAUGACCCUGCUACAUUCUUUUUUGCCCUGUACCAGGUUAUUCAGGUUCUGGACAAGAUGCGCCGUGCAGGCUACGUACAUCGCGACGUUAGCUUGGGUAAUAUCAUGCUACAAUGCAUGGACACAUCGUCUACGAUUCUAUCGGAGCGGUACAUCACUAAGCUCGCUGACCUCGAAUACGCUAGGGCUUAUGAUAAGAUCGCGGAUGACCGGGGCGUGGGCACAUCCGUGUUUAUGGCCGUCGAGGUACAAGCCCAAGAGCAUAUAUUCGCCAACUGUCGCGAAGAGGAGUUGCUGACGCACAACUACUUCGCCCACAACCCUCUACAUGACGUCGAAUCCACUCUAUGGGGCGCCAUCUACUUCACUCUCCGUCGUUGCAGUCGUCGGGUCCUCGAAAAUACCGACUGGAAAGGACAAGAGGGACCGCCGUCGCUCGUCAGAAUCGCAGAUAUCGACUUCAACACCGGCAGGAUCGACCAGGCGCAGGUCGCGAUCGCAGGCACCACCCAGAAUGCGCCUAUGCCUGACGAAGGGCUGUCUGAAAAUAACGUCGGUGCUGCGCAUGGGCAGUCGCUAGCGGCGAAGAACGCAAGAACGAAGCGCAAGAGGGCGGACGAUGGCGAAGCAGACCAACGGACAAACAGCAGAAAUUCGACUUCUCCGAAGCCUUUCCUUGGCUUGCUCGCUCGUCUUAAGGCAAGCGCGGUCAUCUACGACUCGAUCUUCCUAGAAAGAGCCCAGCACUUCGUCGACGCCUGGGAUCUUAGCCCUUUCGUCCCGCGCUUCGCCAUCGACGACGUACUCAUGACAAGACCGUUAAGGGCGUCCAAGAAGAUCCAACGUCGGAAGACGCCGAGGAUGUCACCAUGAUAACUUCGUUCAAGCUUAUGUAUGCUCCUCGAGAGCAAGUCCCUCGCCAGACGCAGGGCGAGCGAAAAGCAGGCGACAUUAUCUGAAUCGGUCAGCAGAAAGCGUGCCUCCAUCAAACGGUAUUGCGCU